UCAUACUUUGGUCUAUUCGCCAUGAAAGUUCCUCUCGAGCUAUAUCUCUUCAACUUCACUUCUUUCCCUACGCUGCCGCUCCUCUGACAAUGACCAUGACUCGAAUCGACAGCCGCCGCCUUAGCCUUGCCAAAUUUCCCAUCUUCUGUACUCAUUUAAUUGUUGCAAUCAUCGUCCUCGUCUAUGCCGAUAGUAUUAUCUAUGGUGACUCGGAACAGUCAGUGGCGUCAAAGAACGAGGCGAUUUCUCCGUUGCUGCAGAGUUAUCAUCAUAAUUCUGCAGGCGGAUUGAUCAAGUCUGAUGUAAGUCACUUAGUUCUGCGUUCCAUGCAGGAGGAGACCAUUGAAGUUGGUAAAGAAAACACAAGGCCUCUUGUUCCUCCUUUAAAUGUCACAGAAGAAGAAAGAAUUGCUUGGUUCCGAAGCAUGCUGUCGGAAUUUCACAUUUUCAAGUCAGACAAGUCUGCAAAGCAAUUCCAUGGCCGUGUUCUGGAAUUCUUUAACAAGGAGUGUGAGGGUCAGUUCUUUAUGACAUGGAUUUCGCCGGCGAGGUCUUUUGGGAGCAGAGAGUUCUUGACAAUGGAGAGUCUCUUCAAAGCCCACCCUCGCGGAUGUUUGAUGAUUCUAUCGAGAACUAUGGACUCCAAGUGCGGUUACAGAAUUCUGAAACCGCUGAAGGAUAGCGGGUUCAAAGUUCAUGCUGUGACACCUGACUUGUCAUUUCUGUUGAAAAACACGCCGGCAGAAUCCUGGUUUGCUGAGAUGAAGAGAGGCAAGAGAGACCCUGGUGAGAUUCCAUUAGCCCAGAACCUGUCUAAUUUGAUAAGACUCGCAGUUCUGUAUAAGUAUGGAGGUGUUUAUUUAGACACAGACUUCAUCGUCUUGAAAUCGUUCUUCGGAUUGAGAAACUCGAUCGGUGCACAAAGUGUGGAUGUGGUUUCGAAGAACUGGACCAGAUUAAACAAUGCAGUUCUGAUCUUUGAUAUGAAUCAUCCCCUUCUGUACAAAUUCAUGGAGGAAUUUGCCCUCACUUUUGAUGGGAAUAAAUGGGGGCAUAAUGGUCCCUACCUUGUUUCCAGAGUGGUCCUGAGGGUGCAAAACCGACCCGGUUAUAACUUCACGAUUCUACCCCCUCUCGCCUUUUACCCCGUCGAUUGGAGUAGGAUCGGAGGAUUGUUUAAGAAGCCAGGAAGUCCGGCUCAUUCUCGAUGGAUAAGAGAAAAGCUGCUUCAGCUUAACGGGGAGACUUACGGAGUACACCUAUGGAACAAGCAAAGCAGCAGAGAAGUAGUUGAAGAAGGAAGCAUUAUGCAGAGAUUGAUCUCCGAUCGCUGUAUCAUUUGCAACGACAUAUACAGUUCUUCAAGAAUUUUAAUCAAAUAAAUGGUGAAGCAUCUUCAAUCUGCGACAAAGUGGCAGACCGGAAAUUAGUCUUUCGGUUUUUUCAUUCAUUUUUUUUUUCCGAUCACACAAACUUCGUUUUUUAUUUUGAGUUUUUAGCCCCACUAUAAUUAAGAUCAUUGUUUGAAUAUAAUUUGUAAAUCUCAGAUUCUGUAAACAAGUUAAGAAGUUCCCAGUUUCAAUAUGUUAAUCGAAGUUAACCUUUUCAUUUAUAUAUAAAUAUAUGUGGUUUGUAUUACAAGUAUG